AAAAAAUAUUUGAACUUGAAGGCAUUACCAAAUUAAACAAUAAAAGUACAAUAAUAAAAUACUUAUAUUAACGAGGCCAUUAAAUUUCAAGCCCAGUCAAUAAUCAAAUCAAUAAAAAGCGGAUAUCAAAACUUGUAAAACUUUAUUUAAAAUGCAAAUCAUUCGUCCACAUCAAUUGAUUAUAUUGCUGGGCAUCUGUCUUGUGUUCCUGCUCCAAGAUGCCAAUGCCGGAAAACUAAAGCUCCUUGCCUUCAAGGGUCCCCAUGCUGGUUUUGUGAAGUUGAAGGUGCGAUCGCCUAAACUGUUGGGACUUAAGCAUGGCUUAGUUGGCGGAGGAUUGGGUGGUGGAUUAGGUGGCGGUUUCGGCGCUGGAUUCGGUGGUGGUGUAAACGUCGGUGGAGGCUUCGGCGGGUUUGGCGGCCACAGCAGCGGCUAUGAGCACCACGAAGAACAUCACGAGAGUCACUACAGCAGCGGUGGCAGUUACGGAGGUGGAAGCUUUGGUGGAGGCGGCUUCGGUGGAGGCGGUUUCGGAGGUGGCGGACUGUGGGGCAAAUAAGUUAAAGUCCUAUCUGAUAACCUACAUAUGUCAAACCAUAGACUUCUUGCCAUUAGCAUCAUUAUAUAAUUGUUAUUUAGUUUUAAG